UCGUGUUCCUCAGCGACACAUAAACAAAAAUAUUGCUUGAGAAGUACAGUUUGAGUAAUCAGAUUUGAUCUUACGUAUAAUUGACAAUAAUCAUUCAACAUGAGAAUUGUUUGCGCCGCGUUAAAUUGUAAAUACUCUUCAGAAAAUGAGGAUUCAUCAAAUAUCAUAUUUAUUAAUUUUCCUAAUGAUGACACGGCUAAAAUAUGGGCAAAAUGUUGUGGCAGAUCCGAUUUGACCACAAAAUCGAAUGCAGAAUUGCAUUUAAAUUAUUACAUUUGCUCCCAUCAUAUCGAAGAUCGCUGUUACAUAAGCAAAACCAUUCCUAUUAUUAUAGAAGAAGGCACUGUUCCUACGUUAUUUGGGACCAAUUUAAGUAUCAAUAGUGAAUCGAUAAGUAUAUUUGACAAAUCGCAACAUCUCCAAGAAGUAGGCGACAAUGUGCCUUUAACAUAUUGCGAUAUGAAUGUUGAGAUAGAUGAAUAUCGUGACAUCACCAUCAGACUUUCCAAUUUAUGUCGAAUUUGUGGUGAAUCUGCUUUGGAGGGAGUAGAUAUUUUUGCAGCCAAAGGUAUAGAGCUUAGAUUAAAGGAAAAAAUAAGUUUGCAUAUGCCUGUCUCAAUUGACAUAGAAGAUUCAAUGCCGCAGAAAGUAUGCAUUGAUUGCUGCAACAAAUUGGAAAUUACACACUCACUAAUUAUUUCAUGUUUAAGAACUGAUAUUAGGUUGAGAAGAUUUUUAAAUAUCGACAAAGAGUCAGAAUAUGAGAGCAAGUACAAUGCUUUGAUUGAAGAAUGUUCAUUGGAGAUAGUUCAAGAAAUAUGUAUGGAUGAUAAUAUACAACCUGAAUGUGCCUCAUUUGCUACGUAUAAGAUGCUGAACUCUAAAACAAAAACAUGUUUGAGAGAGCUAGAGAGUGGAGAAUGUUCUGAAACACAAAGUAAUAAUUUCGAGAAUGUUACAAAGAAUAUUAUGUCAUCACAGCUAAGCCCUUUAAUUCAAACUUGUAGAGAAGUUAACAAUCGAAAUAAUCAGACUAUUGCGGGAGAAAUAUCUCAAAUUCAACGAGGUAAAAUUUUGGAUGGAAAUCAAAGCAUUUUAUGUUUGCAGUGCCAAACUGUCUGCGAGACACAGGAAGUAUUUGAGAAUCAUAAAAUAUUCUGUGGUAAGAACGAAAAUGUUCCUAAGUAUAUAACUGUACCUAAAAUUGCAGAAACUAGAAAAUAUAAGAAUGAACAAGUUAGUUCAUUGUUAGAACUAGAAAGUUCGCAGAUAUGUAACAAAAGAUUUGAAAAUAAUCAAGCUAUUAACAAGUCUGCUGAAGUCUCUCAACCACUACAUUGUACAACUUGCAACCAAGUGUUUCAAUGUCAGCAGAAUUACAAUAAUCACAAAUGUCUUCAUGGGAAUCUCACUGAAACUAGUAAAAGAUGUGGACAUUGUAAGGAAGUUUAUCACAAUAGAAAAAACUUGUUAGAUCAUAUUAUGGAAUCGCAUAAAGGACAAUUAUUAUUUAAAUGCUCUACGUGCGAUAAAACGUACGAAAAAUGGUCCAGCUUGGACAUUCACGAAGCUACUCACAGGAUAGAUAAGCCAUAUCUUUGCGAUUUGUGUGGAAAGAGUUUUAAGCACUCCAAUAAUUUAAGAGGUCAUAAAAGAAUUCACUUGGACGAAUCUGUAAAGAAGAGACAUGUGUGUGAGGUCUGUGGCAAUGCGUUCAGAUCACGAUUUCAUUUGCGAGAACAUAUGAAUCUACAUGAUGACAACAGACCGUAUUCUUGCGAACAAUGCGGGAAAGCCUUCUACAAGAGGAUUCAGUUACGACAACACAAAUUAUCACACAGUUCCAACAAACACAUAUGCCCAAUUUGCGGCACAACGUUUAAUCGAAGAGGGAACAUGAAUACGCAUAUGAAACGGCACAAUAAUGGGGAUGGGGCAUACACUUGCAGCGUCUGUGCCUACAAAUGCAAAUCUAUGAGCGAAUUGAAGAUACACAGGAAAAAUCAUACUACGGAAGAAAUAGUAGAUAGCAUUAAAAAGAGAUGCAACGAUAAGGAUGUAUGGCAGUGUAGCGUCUGCAACAAGAUGUUUGCGAAACGCGCUCUGUUGAUAAAUCACGAACGAAUACACAAAGACAAUAAACUAUGCAUGGAGUGUGAUGAGUGCGGCAAAAAAUUAGCGAGUAAGAGCUCGUUGUUGUAUCACAAGAAGUCUAUGCAUUUUAAGGAGAAGCCGCACAUGUGUCACUACUGCGGAGACUCGUUCGUCUCGAGAGAGGCGCGGCUGAUUCACGAGAGAAUACAUACUGGCGAACGCCCGUACGUCUGUAAGGUGUGCAAUACGCGAUACAGAUGUUCCAGUAAUCUCAGCCAGCACAUGAAGAUUCACACGGGCCUGAAGCCGCACAAGUGUCGUUAUUGCAACAAAUGUUUUACGCGCAAAGGCGCGCUAGCUGUCCACGAGAGGAUCCAUACGGGUGUUAAGCCGUACACUUGCGAGACUUGUGGUAGAAGCUUCUCGCAAAAGAACGACAUGUUGAAGCAUGCAAAAACGCACAAUAGCAAAUUAAUGCAAUGUGGUCAUUGUAAUGAGGUCUUUAAACGGAAGAAAGAUAUGUUGAAGCACGCCGCAGCGCAUGAACAAGAGACUUCGGUGAUACCGAACUAUGUCGGUUCGCCGCCACAUAUUCUUCAAGCUUAUGUCAGCGCUACUGACUCUUCGGAGAUUGAAUAAUUUUAAUACUAAUUAUAAUUGUAUACAUGAGGUAUAAUUUCAUCCACCGACAGCUGACUGGAACAGAAUUCGCGGACUAACGCGUGAAUAGAUAUUGAGAACGAUAAUGUAUCGAGUCAGAAUUAUAUUUAAAUAUCGUUUUCGAAAUAUCGAAAAUGUACGAAAUAUCAAGAAAACACUUGGUCUCCAUCAAUAUUCUUCAAAAUUUAACAAGAUGUGCAGUUUGUGCGGAUUGCGAAUAAAGAUGAAAUCCAUGCUGGGAUAAAUGCCGCCAAUCAUCAGAAGUUUUAUAGAAAUUUUGCGCAUACUUAACUGAGGAAAUUAUUGUGUAAAUAGGAUUAUGCGAUUUUCUAUUCAACGGUUUACUGGAAACUUAUAAUAAUACGAUUAUCUACGUAAUUAAAAGACGAAAGAUCAGGUAUAAUAAAAGUCAUUGUUAUAUAUAGAAUAAUAUUCUUUAUUUUUGAUAGUUCUUGUUGUUUUUCAUAUCGUGCGCCGCAGUUUUCUUUUUAUUCAACUUUUGUCAUUCAAUAUCCAGUUAAACGACUCCGCAUUUACUGUCAGUUCUGCUGCUGCUGCUGCUGCUGCCGCUGCUGCUGCUGCUGCUGCUGCUGCUGUUGCUGUUGCUGCUGUUACUGCUGCCGCUGCCGCCGCCGCUAAUAUAUUUUGGUAGAACAGUACGUGAUACAACUCCACGAUUUUAGAACAAAGAGAAACGAAAGGAAAUGGCGACACGCCCGAUCACUCGCGAACACACGUGUGCCGUACUAUUCGCUGACCGCAUCUAGGACUAGAGUAAUUGCGAUUUCUCUCUCCUGCGACAUUCCUUCAUUCGCCGAUUGUUUUUUCUCAAUUCCUAAAUAAUCGAGGAGCACACGUGCUUUUUGUGCGCAAGUACAAACGUGGGCCCGAUCGAGUCGUACGCGUUUUCGUCCCGCUCGCUCAAACAUAGCGGCAACCACUGCCGGUGUCUUCGCUCAAAACUCGUCACACGCUCCGUAUGGAUUUGUAUUGUUCUUUUUUUUCCCCCUUAAGUUUCUUUUUGCUUUUUAGACGCAGCGG